GGAUGUACGCGGUACAUUAUGGUAUUUUUAGCGCGUGUUAGUGCAACUAAUUCCAAUUCCGAUGUAAGACUGGCAUAUAGAAUGAGAGAAUCUAUUCCGCCCAGCCACACAGAUGGCGCUGUUGUGUAGUUGAGGGAACCUCACGCGAAGUAGCGGCUUCUCAACCAACGAAAACAAAAUUGCAGCAAGUUCAAACCGGAGGCUCAAGCGCCAAGAGAGACGGCUGUGAAGAGAGGCUGUCAAGACUUUGUCAGUAUGGACGAUAUAGAGGAUGACACCACAAUCUUAUCAACGCUAAAAUCUUUCAAGAGUUUGAUAUCAUGUCCAGACCGCUCUUUGCUGGAGACAGAGCCAUCCUAUGGAAGAAGUGACCUUCAGAAGCUCUAUACUAAACGAGUUGAGUUGGAGGAAGCUGCUGAGCGUGUUCGUUCCCACACCAGCCUGCUGCAGCUCACUCAAGAGAAACAACAGAUGGAGCUCAGUCACAAACGGGCCCGUAUAGAGCUGGAGAAAGAGGCAAACAGCAGCUCCAGAGACUUACAGAGGGAAAUUGACCGUAACAGAGAGUUACUGAUGAAGAUCAGACGUCUGGAAGAAAGAGAAGGGAAAGCAAAUCAAGCUCUUAAUGAACAAAUGGAAAACAACAAGGCUUUAAAGCGUGACCUUGAGGAACUCCACAAGAAAGCAAAUGAAAAGGACAGCAAACUUGCAGAGGCGGACCAGAUGAUCAGUGAGUUGAAAGACGAAACACGAAGGCUCAGUCAACAGAUCCAGAUUCAGGAAUCCAAAUUCUCCACCCAAAAUCUGGAGAUCCAGGCCCUGCAGGAACAACUGGAUGUGCAGCGCAAGAAGUUCCAGGACAUCAGUCAGAGGUACCAAAAUCUCCAGUCAUCUCAUUCCACCAGCACAGAGAGUGAACUCAAGAUGAAGGAGUUGGAGAGGCGUUUGGCUCUUCAGGAGCAAGACGCUGUGAUUGUGAAGAACAUGAAAUCUGAAGUGACCAGGCUGCCUGAACUGGAGCGGGAAAUGAAACGUCUGCGGGAGGAAAACUCUUUCUUAAGAGAGACAAAGGAGAACAGUAGUCUUCUGAAAGAAGAGACUGAGGGGUUGAGGAGGAAGUUGGAGAGAAUGGAAAGAGUAAUGGAGGAGAAACUCAAAGUGGAGUUGGAGAAAGAGAAACUGGAGCGUGAGCUGCAGACUUGGGAAAACAUUGGCCAGGCUACAGGACUUAAUAUUAGGAAACCGGAGGAUUUAUCCAGGGAGGUGAUACAGAUUCAACAGCGCGAACUGAGCCUGAAACAGCAGAACUACACACUCAAUAGCAGCGUUCGCUCUGUGGAGAAGGCCCGCGCUGAGCUCCUGCCUGAGAUCGCUCAACUGCGUGCCAAAGCUCAAGAAGAACAGAAGAAACGAGAGAACCAGGAUUCGCUGGUCCGUCGCCUGCAAAAGAGAGUCCUCCUCCUCACCAAGGAGCGCGACGGAAUGAGGGCCAUAUUAGAGUCAUACGACAGCGAGCUGGCCACAAGUGAAUACUCCCCUCAGCUCAUGCUCCGGGUCAAGGAGGCAGAGGACAUGCUGCACAAAGUCCAGACUCACAACACUGAUAUGGAGACUCAACUGUUUAAAGCCCAGGAGGAAGCAGGCACCUUCAAAUUACAAGCUCAGAUGGUGACUGCUGAACUUGAGGCUCUAAAAGAGCAGCAGACGUCUAAUGCUGAGAAAACCACCUUAUCAACAGCAGAGGAAAUCAGCUCUCUCAGGCAGAAGAUUGAGGAAUUGGAGGCAGAACGCCAGCGGCUGGAAGAGCAAAACAACAUUCUGGAGAUGAGGCUAGAGAGGCAUAACCUACAGGGAGACUAUGACCCUGUGAAGACAAAGGUGAUCCACUUGCAAAUGAACCCCACCAGCAUUGCAAAGCAGCAGCGCUCUGAAGAGGUGGAACAUCUGAGGGUGGAGUGUCAGCGCUUAAGAGAACGACUCCGGAAAAUUGAGGCGAGUGGUGGCAUGACAACAGAUGACACUACCAUCAUCAUCCCACCUUCACAGGAAAUACUGGACUUGCGUAAGCAAAUGGAAAGUGCAGAACUGAAGAAUCAGCGCUUGAAGGAAGUGUUCCAGAAGAAGAUUCAAGAGUUCCGUACUGCGUGCUACGUACUGACCGGGUACCAGAUCGACAUCACUGUGGAGAACCAGUACCGGCUCACUUCUGUGUACGCCGAGCAUAUGGAGGAUUCAUUACUAUUUAAGUCUACUGGUCCAGUGGGCAGUGGCAGCAUGCAGCUGUUGGAGACAGAUUUUUCCCGCACUCUAACUGGACUGGUAGAUUUGCAUCUCUUCCAUCAGAAGAGCAUCCCAGUGUUCCUCAGUGCGGUCACCAUCGAGCUGUUCAGCCGCCAGACUGUCACCUGAUUUACCCAUCAUUGCUCGACCACACGGUGUUCAGGGAGCGCGCACACACACACACACACACACACACACACACACACACACACACACACACACACACACACACACACAGACACAGCAAGACACAAAUAUCUACAGAACUUCUGGGCGUGACAAUCUGAUUAUUUUUGAUUUGCCAUUUUUUCUUCUUUAUACAGAUUUAGCUUGACAGUCUGUGUGGCAACAUUUCUGUAGUAUAGUCUAUUGUGUAUUUGUCUUGCUAUGAAACCCACACUGUGUUGUUUAAGAAAUUGGUUAACACAUACAAGGGAAACCUAGAGAUGCGCAGUCCUCUUUUUAUGAACAUCAUCUUUCAUGGCAGUUUAUUUGCUCAUAUCGAGGAAAAAAUAAAGACAUAUUAAACUUUUCA